AUGAAAGGAGGAAUGAAAUCCAAAAUCAAAGCAGAUAAAAUUAAACCUCCAACGACAGUACCGCCUCCUCCUUCAGUUAAUCCUUCAUCAUUCACUUUAUUAUAUCCAUUUCAAACAUUAAAGAAGCAAAAAGAUUUUAAAAAGGAUUUCAAGAUAUUAAAUAAACCAAUUGACCCGAAAAUUCAACCAUUAAAGGAAAAAUUUAGUCGACCUUCAUUUGCUCCAUAUCCAUAUUCAUACGAAAUCGAUCAUCUGGAAUAUUCAAAAGGAAACGUUACUUAUUUAUUUGCCAUUAACAUUAACACUAGAUAUUUAUAUUGCAUUCCAGUGAAAGGGAAAACAGAACAGGAAACAAGAAGAGCUAUUCAAUACUUACUAGAUCAUGAAAGAGUAGAUAAUAUCAGGGGUGAUGGUGAUAAAGGAUUUCAGGCAGCUAUGGCUCAUUAUUUCCCACAAAUUAAUUUUUACUUUUCAUCCUCUCCAUAUACGUUUCAUAAUAAAAUAGUUGAUGCGGUAAUGAGAACUCUUAGAGAUGCGUUAGGGGUUAACGGUCAGAUAUACUGGGAUGGAAAUCAUGACUCCAUCAUACAACAGUUAGUAUAUUAUUACAAUAAUACAUGGCAUAGAACAAUAAACAUGAAACCAGUGGAAAUGAAAAAUGAUAUUUCAAAAGAAUGGGAAUAUAUUAGAAAGCAAAUGGAAAGGUUGAAUGAUGUUAAACGUGAACAAAUUAAUUCGGGGCUCAUGAAUUUUAAACAAGGGGAUAAAGUUUUGAUUCAUCUCGAUUAUGGAAAAACUGAUAAAUCAAUGACAAAAAGAAGACGAAGAUUUGACACAAUAGCUGAAUUUGUUAGAUAUAUUAACGGUAAUGUAUUAGUUGAAGUUGACAAUAAAUUAAUAGAAAUUCCGAUUUAUUUUAUUACUCCAUUAUAUUUAAAUGAUAUUUAA